AUGGCGAAAUCGAGCGCCGACGAUGCCGAUCUUCGGCGAGCGUGCCAGAACGCAGUUGAGGGCACCAAGCACAAGGUCAUUCUCUCCAUUCGAACCGUCAAGACUCACGGCACGUGGGGAAAAUCUGCUAAGCUUGGUCGUCAGAUGGCUAAGCCUAGGGUUCUCGCUCUCUGCACGAAAGCGAAAGGUCAGCGGACAAAAGCUUUUCUUCGAGUUUUAAAGUAUUCAACAGGAGGGGUGCUUGAGCCUGCUAAGUUAUACAAGCUGAAGCACCUCUCAAAAAUGGAAGUUGUAACAAAUGAUCCCAGUGGGUGUACAUUUACACUGGGGUUUGAUAACCUUAGAAGCCAGAGUGUGGCUCCUGCACAGUGGACAAUGCGCAAUACCGAUGACAGAAAUCGCCUCCUGCUUUGUAUCUUAAAUAUCUGCAAAGAUGUCCUGGGUCGCAUACCUAAGGUUGUUGGUAUUGAUGUUGUGGAGAUGGCUCUUUGGGCUAAGGAAAAUACACCUGCAGUUUCUGCUCAAAGAAACCAACACGGUGGUGCUUCUAUUGAAUCUGCUGUGUCUGAAUCAGAAUUGAAAGUCUAUGUUGAAAAGGAACUUGUUUCCCAGGCAGAGGAAGAGGACAUGGAGGCUCUUCUAGGAACGGCAACAGCAAGAUAUGGCUUAGUUGGAAAACUGAGCUCUAUUUAUAUCAUGGGUGUUGGUGAAGCAGAGGCUUUUUCUGAAAGGUUAAAAAGAGAGCUCCAGGCUCUGGAAGCAGCAAAUGUGCAUGCCAUUUUAGAAAGUGAGCCUUUGGUAGAUGAGGUGUUGUAUGGGCUUGAAUCAGUAACAAAUUGUGUCGAAGACAUGGAUGAAUGGUUAGGCAUGUUCAAUGUGAAACUCCGACACAUGAGGGAAGAUAUUGAAUCAGUAAGUGUUGUAGAGUUCAAAUUGGGAAGUUAA